AUGCCCCUGGCUGCCGAACGCGUGCCUUGGCGAUGGCUGGUGGCGGGCAGGGCGUCACGGAGGCUGGUGCUGGUGGUGGUGUUCGUCGCACUGCUGCUGGACAACAUGCUGCUGACGGUCGUGGUACCAAUCGUCCCCACCUUCCUUUAUACAACAGAAUAUGAAGGCGCUAAUAGCUCUGUUGCCCCAGCCCAGACUGAGCCGGCUCCUCCAGCCUUGAGGGCUCCUCCUUUCUCCUCCAUGUUCUCCUAUUUUGACAACACCACGGUGACUGUCUCAGGCUCCACCAGCACUGCAGAGCUGGCGAACAGGAUGGAGAGCAGCCGCCUGCCGCAGCCCCCCACCAGCAGCCCACCUCUGCCGAGCGGCUGCCCGGAGGGUGAGGAGUUCCUCGCCAAGGAAAACGUCCGUGUGGGGCUGUUGUUUGCCUCCAAGGCUCUCGUACAGCUGGUGGUCAACCCAUCCGUGGGUCUCCUGACCAACAGGAUAGGAUACCACAUCCCCAUGUUCAUCGGAUUCGUCAUCAUGUUCCUCUCCACAGUCAUGUUUGCGUUCUCAGGCACCUACACCUUGCUGUUCAUCGCCCGAGCCCUCCAAGGCAUUGGGUCAUCGUUCUCAUCAGUCGCAGGCUUGGGCAUGCUGGCCAGCGUGUACACGGACGACUUCGAGAGGGGCAACGCGAUGGGGAUCGCUCUUGGAGGCCUGGCCUUGGGUGUGCUGAUCGGGGCCCCCUUUGGGAGCGUGAUGUACGAGUUCGUGGGGAAAUCGUCCCCCUUCCUGGUCCUGGCGUUCCUCGCCCUCUUGGAUGGAGCUUUGCAGCUCUGCAUACUGCAGCCCUCUAAGAUCUCCCCCGAGAGCACCAAAGGCACGCCGCUGUCCACCCUGCUGCGAGACCCCUACAUCCUGGUCGCUGCAGGAGCCCUCUGCUUCUCCAACAUGGGGGUGGCCAUGCUCGAGCCCACCUUGCCCAUCUGGAUGAUGCAAACCAUGUGCUCCCCGAAAUGGCAGCUAGGGAUGGCGUUCCUCCCUGCCAGUGUAUCCUACCUCAUCGGCACCAACCUCUUCGGGAUUCUGGCUAACAAAAUGGGCCGGUGGCUGUGCUCCCUGAUCGGCAUGGCCGUGGUGGGAAUUAGUCUCCUUUGUGUACCUCUGGCCAAAAAUAUUUACGGGCUGAUUGGCCCCAACGGUGGGCUUGGCUUUGCCAUAGGAAUGGUGGACUCCUCCAUGAUGCCUAUCAUGGGUUACCUCGUGGACCUUCGCCACACCUCCGUCUACGGCAAUGUCUACGCCAUAGCUGACGUCGCCUUCUGCAUGGGCUUUGCGAUUGGUCCGUCCACGGGCGGUGCGAUUGUACGAGCUAUUGGGUUUCCCUGGCUGAUGAUCAUCAUUGGAGUUAUCAAUAUCGCUUACGCUCCUCUCUGUUGGUACCUGCGCAACCCUCCCACUAAAGAGGAGAAGACUGAAUGCCCCAUGCAAACCAAAAACUUCACCCCUCAGAAAACCCUGCGCGAUUUCCCUCUCACAGAUGAGAGCGAUGUGGAGGCAGAGAAUGCGGAAUAGCAAGUGUGAGGAUGCGUGCCCUGUUUUGAAGCUAAG